CUGAACUGUACUCAGCCUUCAGAGAGCCUUGUUUUAGCGAAGUUAGCGAGGCUAUGUAGCAUUUGGGUUUUAGCUAGCUAAUUAGUUCGCUAACAUAAUAAUAUAAGAGUGUCUGCGAGCUUGCUCGCAAGUCAACCAUCUAACAGUUACUUCUCUUGGAAGUUUGAAGGUGGUGCAAGUUAGGUCAGAUCGCUUGCUAACUUGGUUGGACUAUUACAACGAAUGGCAGUAACAUUAACACAUCGUUUUUCCUCUCCCCAGUCACCCCUUCUUGUAGCUGCGGUUUGUCCUGACUGCCAUGGCCUCUGAUGAGUCCUCCAGCCAACAGGGUCGUAAGAAGAAGAAGAAGAAUAGUCAUUCAGAGAAGGUGGACGAGUCUCCAGAGUUAUUGGAGAUUCGGGCAGAUAUCGAAGGAUUGACUGCCUCUGGAAACAGUGCUCUGCUCAAGAGAGACUGUAUAGAAGCCCUUGGCUUCUUCAAAAAAGCCUUCAAAGCCUCACUUGAGUUGAAGGAGCCGGGAGUGCAGCGGGCCUGUGCCUUUAAUGUGGGCGCGGCCUACGUGGAGGCAGGGAAGCCUCAGAAGGGACUGGACUUCCUGAAGCGAGCUGAGCCUGGGGAGAGGGGCGAGCGUGUGGCAGACCUUCAGUUCAACCUGGGAGCAGCUCACGAGGCUCUGGAAGAGCCAGGGCGAGCGGCGGGGCACUACCUGCAGGCCGCCCAGCUGUACCGCUCCCAAGGAGAGGGGGGCAGCGAAGGCGAUGCCUGCAUGAAGCUGGCCCAUUGCCAUCUCCUCACCCAGGACUGGGGCCAGGCGGUGCGCAGCUUGCAGCGGGCUGGGGAGAGCUACAGGGUGGCAGGCAAGCUGGAGUCUGCAGCUGUGGCUCUGAAGGAGGCUGGAGAUCACAUGCUCCAGAGUGAUGACUUCACAGAGGAAGACAUUAUUGCUGUGCUCACAGAAUGUCUGGAGCUGACCAUUAGUGUCAAGGAUGAAGACACACUGGGUAAACUCUACAAUGGCUUGGGCCUGAGCUUCUCCCAGCUGCGGCUGUUCCAGGAGGCUGCAGAGUGCUUUGAGCGGGCCCUGCCUCAGGCCCAGACCGAGCCUCCCAGGCUGGCCGUGGUUCUGCAGAACCUGGGCGCCGUCCACAACGCGUUGGCCCAGUACCAACAGGCCCUGGACUACCACAGAGAGGCUGCAGCCCUACAUGGCUCCCUGGGCAGUCGCGGUGCUCAGGGUCAGUGCUUCAGUAACCUGGCGUUUGCCCUCAGUCAGCUGGGUGAGCACGAGGAGGCAGGGGAGAACUAUCUUCACGCCCUGCAGGCCUUCAAAGACACCGAUGACCACGAGGGGCAGUGGCAGGCUUGCGAAGGGCUCGGAGCAGCUAAGCUGCGAGUGGGAGACCCUGAGAAAGCCACUCUGUACUACAAACAGGCUCUGGGGCAGCUGUCCAAGUGCAGAGACGUCCCCAGCGUGGCCCAGGAGCGGUUGGUGAACAAGCUGAGCGAAGCGCUCCAGUACAGGCUGGCCCUGCACGGCCAGCUCUCCCAGGGAAAAGCCCCGGCCUCUGGCCUGCCGCCCAGGCGUCCGUACGAAAGCAGGCCCUUCUUCAGACGAGUCCCUCCCGACAGACUCGUACCGCCGGGGACCGCUGCCAUUAACGGUGGCAGGCCCCGCACACUCCGGAGACUGGACGUCCACCGCCAGCCCAGGACCGAGGCGUGUAAUGGCCACCAGGAGCAGGGUGGGUCCCAGGGGGGGGCUCACACCGCUGAGCAGGGCGCGGAGCAGAUGAGUCCAGCAUCCCACAGAAAUGAUGGGGGCGACAGUGACAACGCAGCUGCACUGAUGACAGAGUCGGACUCGCAGUUCAGCGACCCUCACUCUGAUCAGCCCAACUAUCUCACUGCACUGCCAGAGGCCAACAGGAACCUGAACAACACCUACCUGCAGCCUGACCCCCACUACCAGAACCAGAACCAGAACCAGCCUGAGUCCCUGGGCCUCACCCAGCACUCUGAGCACUUGUAUGAAACCAUCAAACAGAGGACCAGAGAGAUAAGUGACCCUCCAUUGGCUCAGAGCUCAGGGCUGUCUCUCACUGAGAGGACUAGCAGUGAGGAAGCCACACCCCUGUACAGGAAGUGGAAGUCACGGGUGUGUGCACUUAUGUGACCUUCACAAUGCUGAACUAUUGCCUACUAAAAAAAAAACUGUUGGUCCAAAAUUGUUUUGUUUUUUCUCCCAAGAGUGCUGCUACAUCCAUUUAUACUACUUGUCAGUGUAUUGCAUUGCACACUGACACUGCAUCUGUAUAGAUGAGCACAUUGAUUUCAGUAGCAGACAGUAUUGAUCUUACCUUGCAUAUACUGUAUGAUGAAAUAUGUAUUUUUUUUCAAUAUGGUCACUACUCUAUUUUCGUCAUGUCUGUUAAAUAAACUUAAUUGAGAACGUGCAUGUAUUCAAUGAUUAUAUAAAUGUAUACAGUAUGAUACAGUAAGAUUGUUUUUUCAUAUUUUACAGCCCCCAUAAAGCUAAUGAAUGGAUAUAUUAUUCCAAAGGAUAUUUUUUGCUCCUGUUAUCCUUUUCAGAUUAUUACUAAAUUAGUAGAUUGAAGUUUGUGCUCAGAAUAAGGUAUUAAAAAAAAACAUUGACUGUGUAGUUUUUAUUCAUUGUUUCAAGUGUUUUCCCAGUUAUUCAAUGUGAUUGGCAUUUUUGUUAGAGCACAAGGGUACUGAAAUGACAGUACCAGCAUACAAUUUCUUGUGAAAUUAAUUAAUUAAAGAGCAAACCAUGCCAUGCCGACUUUUAUUCCUCAUGUCAGGAACACUUUGAUCUUAAUCUUAAAAUCCUAAUGUCUUUAUUUGUAUCUUAUUGACAGUGCAUUAUAUAAUGCAAAUUGCAUUUGGAAGGAACAUGUUCAAAAGCUCUUAAACUUCAAAUUUGUGGUUGGAUUGUGAAUAAAACAUUUUUUACUUCA